CAUAUCUACUGUUGUUAUAUUAUUUUAUUAUUCGUCUGUUUCUGUUUUUGUCAUCAUUCAGCGAUUUAAAGAAUUUAAUCAAAUUUGUGUGCUAAUCGGGAUAUUUUUUUAUAAAUUUCUAUGAGUAUUCGAACAGUAAGUGCGUUAAUAAAUUUACAUAAUUAUUCUUUGCGCGCCUUGUUUAGAACCAUUUUAGAAUGGUUACAUGCAAUUAUGUCGUUAAAAACAGGUAGUUUACAUCGGCGCGGCGUAGAUAGACGAGCCCGUUGACUAUCCGUACCGCCGAGGUUGAAUUUUGAGUCGAGUAUCCGCGACUGGUAUGAAGCGUUUAUUUGUCGAUUGUGUUUUUCUGCUUGAGAACGAUGUCGAUGAUAAAUGCGAGCAAUAAAAAUCUGGAUGAUUUACGUGGCGUGGUGCAGUUGCUUUGGGGAGUCGACGUGCAGGAAGACACCUUUCGAAGAUGGACUCAGGGAUUUAGCUUCAGCGCUGACGAACCCACAGCCUUAGUGCAGUUUGAAGGCGGACCUUGCGGAGUUAUCGCUCCUAUACAAGCUCAUAUAUUGAAGAAUAUAAUUAGCACCAGAAAUGAAACUGACGAUUGGAAACAAGCAGAUACGGAGGAUCAAAAUAAUCUUUUGACGGACGCUUUUAGCGAAAUUUUGACAAAAGCUUACAAUGGCACGCAGUAUUACGUUGUGCAUACUUUGGACAAGGAGGUCGUUGACAAGCCGCUCGAACUGAAUCAUAUGUUGUUCCAUUCUUCGUUAAGGUUAACAGUAUUGAACGAUAUACAAGAAGUGAAAGCAUUUCUCAAAGAAAAUAUCAACAUAUUCAGAGACACGUUCGGCGUAUUACUAUUUUUGUACUCUGUUAUGUGUUCUCGAGGGUUGGAGGUUAUUCAAAAUGAAAUCUGCGGCACCGAAGAACCACUCAUUGAUUAUUCUCACGGUUACGGUAGUCAAGUUCUCAUUAAUUUGUUGAUAACUGGAAACGCUGUGCCAUAUUUGUUCAAUGAGAAAAGAGACGUCGGAGGUUUAACACUUUACGGGAUUCCUAAACAAAGCGACAUCGGUUUUUUAACUCUGUUGGAGCAUCUGCGUUACUGCGAAGUGGGCUCGUAUUUGAAAAAACCAUCGUCGUCUGUGUGGGUGUUGGCGAGCGAAACUCAUCUCACUGUUUUAUUCUCUUUUGAAAAAAGAUUGACGAAAUCUGAAACGCCGGCCGAUAUCGCUAGACGAAUUUUUGGCCAAUUCGAUCCCGAAGGAAAUAAUUUCAUUAAUGCCGAUUCGCUAGGAGAUUUACUAAACAAAUUAGAUCUAGUUUCCGACAAAGAAUAUGUAAAUAUUAUGCGUGAUAAAUUGGACAGUGAAAAGCUCGGUAUUAUUUUGUUAUCGUCCUUCAUGGAAGAAUUUUUUCCCGAAAAUGAAAGAUUGAAUCAUCCGGAUGUCUUUAGAGUAUUCCACUACAACGGGCAACCUCAGUCGAAUCCGGAUUCCAAGGUCGUUUAUCAUCAAGGAACAGCCGUUCUCUUAGAGUGUGAUCUACCUUGCACAAUUGAAAACAAUUCUCUUUCUACUUGUCUGCAAACCAAAUGGCCAAGCAUCGAUGUUCAAUGGAAUUCAGUUGUCACGCCUUCACUGAACUGAUUCAAGAACAGAAAAAUGUUGUUACCAAAGUGUAGUCUACGUACUAUGUUGAUUGAAAUUUCUUUCUACUCGUAUACACCGUUACAACUGGAAAAAUCGGGAUCAAUUAGCGAGAUUGUAUCAGUUUUAAUAAAAUGCUUGCUAUCGCAAA